CGCGCCCGGAGCGCCCGCUGCCGCCCGCGGCUGGGGGCAGCGCCCGAUUUGAAGACCAUAAAUGUGAUCUUUUAUAACCUUUCCACUACUGUUGAUCACAGUAUCUCCUACAAAGAACUUAAAGACCUCCUAAAAUCCCAGACUAUUUAUAUUGAUGUCCGAGAGAAAUGGGAAAUUGGCAAGUUUGGAAAAAUCCCUGGGUCCAUCAAUAUACCAUUGGGUGAAGCUGUGGAAGCUCUACGGAUGAACCCAGAAGACUUCAAAGAGCAGUACAAUCAAGAUAUACCUGCUAAAUUGGACCACAUAGUCUUCUCUUGCAUGGCAGGAGUGAGAAGCAAGGGAGCAUUGGAUAUUGCCAUGUCUUUGGGUUUCAGCAGAGUUCAGCAUUAUGCAGGCGGCUUUGAGGAGUGGAGAAAAUUUGAACCUUCAGAGCAAAACUAAUGAAGAUGUAUAUCUACCUUGUUCUCGACCCUCCUAAGAACUCUAGAAAAUUAUUAAUAGUUUUUUUUUUUAAUAGGCAGUGAAUUUGGGAAAAUAUAUUGUGAAAGGGAAUCUGUUCUGUUUUGUAUGUAAAAAUUAUUGUGUAUAUAGAUGCUGUUAGAAGCAGCUGUUGAUUUUGUAGGGGACUAGUCUUCACCUUUAGUCAUAUGUUCAAUGGAACUACUAUGUAAAGAGAGUUUAAAGGUAAAGACUAACAUAAAACUUGAAGAUGUUGUACACUUAAAGGUUUGUUUCUUCUUCUCAUACUGCACCAUAACACACGAGAUCAUUACUACAGUAUUAAACUAAUGGUGACAUGUA